AUGUACCGAAGAGUGGAGGAUCUGUUGGAGGCUUGUGAUAAGUGGAAUUUGUCGAUCAGUGUAGCAAAGAGCUUUUGGGGGAUGGAUAAGGUGAGAUAUCUGGGACAUCGAGUGUCGAUCAGAGGCCUGGAGGCGAGUCCGAAAGACCUACAAUCGUUGACCGAUCUGCCGUUCCCCGGAUCCCUACGGUCUAUGCAGUCGUUCCUGGGCAGUCUAAAUUACUACAGCCGAUUCAUCGAAGACUAUGCGAUCUAUGCCUCGGUCCUCUACGAAUUACGCGAAGUCGAGUUUGCAGAACUGGGGAAACGGGCAGAUCUGAGGGAGAUCCUAGACCAGAAUGAUCCGAUACCCCGAGAUCAUGACCCAACGGAGUCGAAGUUGGCAGGAUCGAUAGACGAGAGGGCACCUAGGGCCUUCAUCGCCCUGAAAACCAAGAUCGCGACGACCCCAGUCCUCCGCCAUUUCGACGAGACGAGAACGCCGGUGGUUAUCGUAUAUGCCAGCGAUUGGGCGAUAUCCGCCUCGUUGACGCAAGAACAUGACGGGAUCUACCACCCGGUCGCGUUCGCCAGUCGCACCUUGAAGACGAAUGAGCUGAAUUACAACGUGACGGAGAAGGAGGUGUUGGCGUUGUUGAGGAUCUUAGACCUCUACUACAAUUUGCUAGUAGGACGCGAGAUCCGGGUCCUGACGAGGCAUUCUACGUUAGCCUGGCUGUUCAAGUCGACGGGAUUACAGGGUCGCCUGGGGCAAUGGUCUGCCCUCCUGGCCCCAUGGACACUCGAGAUCACGAAGUGUACGAAGGGUGAGGACGAAAUACUGGGGGCGAUCGCCGCCAGUAUCACGCCCAGGGCGAAGAUCGACGAUGCUCUGACCGAGAUCGCUCCCCGGAAAGAGCCCAAACGCCGGAUCCAAACACCGAUACCCACCGUAGAUCGAGAUGAAGUAUUAUGGGUGAUCAGCUUUGACGGAUCCGCCCGAGUCAAGCGCGGUGGGGGCGCGUUCAGCGCGAUUCUGUGGAGUCUACCCGGAUGGGGGGUAGUCAAGGCCAGAUCUGGUUAUCUCGAGAACCUCACGGUGAAUGAAGCCGAGUAUAACGGUUUGAUCUUGGGCCUCGACUUGCUAGAGGGUUUAGAUCGCCGACGCCUGGUGAUCUGCGGGGACUCUAACCUGGUGAUCAGGCAAGUACGGGGUGAGAUUGAUUGCAAGGCGCCAGGAUUGACGCUACUGAAGCGGAAGGCCCUCGAUCUUUUGAGGAAAUGGAAUGAUCAUGAGUUGGUUCACGUCAAGAGGGAUUGGAACGGAAGCGCCGACAGUCUGGCCAGCGCAGCCUUGCAACGACAAAAGGGGAUCGAGGUCCCGGAGGGCCCCGGGUACCAGGAUCUGGUCACCCUGAACCGAUUAGACGAGAUCUUGAUCCCCAAGACGGAGAAUCCGGUGGCUCGAGUGGCCGCGGUGACUACUCGAGCCGCUCGGGCAAGAUCACCUGCAUACGUGUUGGAGGAGGGGCUGAUCCGCGAAAUCCGAGUCGAUCGGAUCAGGCGAGCCCAAGAGGAAGAAGUCUGGAUCGCCGGCAUGAAGAAAUAUCUGAGUGGCUCGAUCGCGGAACUCACCCAAGCGGAAGCAAGAUCUCGGACGUCUUACACCAUUAUCAUGCCACGUUGGAAGGAGGACACCAAGGAGUGGGAAGGACGGAAAGGAAAACCGACGAUCCGAGGUGAAUCACCCGGGAACUUGCAGGCGACGUACCCGUUCCAGAUUAUCGCGAUGGAUCACAUACCGUCGCUGCCCAGGUCCCACAAAGCCAGCUCGUCUCGAUCGGCCCAGACGGUUGCGGAAUCGUACGAAGAGUGUGUAUUUCGGCGAUUUGGUGAUAGUGAGAUGAUCCGGCAUGAUCGAGAACCAGGCUUCAUGUCUGACUUCUUCCGGGCGUUUAACAAGAUUUUGGGGCAGCGGCAGCGGGCGACGAUGGCGUAUCGUCCACAGGCUAACGGAACUGCUGAGAGAAUGGUGCAGACCGCGACCAGAGCGCUCAAGAUGUACGUCCGCGACCUGGAUCAGAGGGAUUGGGACGAAUAUGCAGAGCGCCUCACCUUCGCGAUCAACACGGCUCAUGACCGGAUCCGAGGAGAU